ACUAUAAGCAGUAAGAGGCGCAAAUUUACUCCACAUUUUAAAACUUUUCUUACAAUAAUGUAAAAGCAGAGUUAUGAAAAAAUAGAUCAUUUCCGGUAAACUAAUUUUGAAAAUUAAGGAGAGAUCGAAAAGCUGUAUGCCUGACAUAUUUUGAAUAUAGUUUAAAAAUAUCACGUUAUCGCUCUGAGAUUAUUCCGCGCGAGCGAUACCGAUAAAAGCUCGAAAUUAGGCUAAAUUAUAACUAAAUUUCCAUAGCAGUAAUAUUUUACAGUGUCAAAGUUUUAAAUAUACUGCCAAUAACGAAUUAGUAAUGAUUCGAAACAUGUGGUGGCGCUCGAAAAUCUCUGUCAGAAUUGAAUACAUACAAAAGUGAUCUCAAUAUUUCGUUCAAGUUACAUGCGUGUUUGCUUGUGACUUACGAAGAGACAUCAUGCUGUACCUACCUAAAUAACGUUUCUGGUAAUGCUGUAGCGAUAUUACCGCUGUAAUAAUAAGUUAUGUGUAGUGAUGUGAUAUGUCUACGCGUUCAUGAUAAAGUAUUCGCUUUUUGUAAAUGUAUUUCGGUUAUAAGAAACGUCCUUGGAUUUCCUUAUUUCGUUAAUAUUUCAUUCACGUAACGUGAUAAAUUGUUACUCAUAGUUUAGGGUAACAAAUUUCGUAUGGAGGUUAGAAGUUCAUAAAAUGUUCUUCUUGCAUUGUUUUAAAUUUUAUACAAAAACCUGUGACAAUACAAGAGUUCUUAAAUAACGAGGGACCAUAUUUUGAAGAGAUUUAAAUGUGCCAGGUGCCUAGAAAGCAGCUGGCAAGAUGGGCAAAUUGUUGUCAAAAAUCUUUGGCAACAAGGAGAUGCGAAUUCUUAUGCUAGGAUUGGAUGCUGCUGGUAAAACUACAAUACUAUAUAAACUUAAAUUAGGGCAAUCUGUAACUACUAUACCAACUGUAGGAUUCAAUGUAGAAACAGUUACCUAUAAAAAUGUUAAGUUCAAUGUUUGGGAUGUUGGUGGGCAAGAUAAAAUACGUCCACUGUGGCGUCAUUAUUAUACUGGGACGCAAGGUCUUAUUUUUGUAGUAGAUUGCGCCGAUAGAGAUCGAAUUGAUGAAGCCCGUCAAGAACUUCAUCGAAUUAUAAAUGAUAGAGAAAUGCGAGAUGCUAUUAUUUUAAUUUUUGCGAAUAAACAAGAUCUUCCAGAUGCAAUGAAACCGCACGAGAUACAAGAAAAGCUGGGUUUAACUAGGAUACGAGACAGGAAUUGUUGUCUUCCAAUUAAAACAUUUUUUUUGACAUACAUCAACCAACUCGAUUUCGAAACGCUUUUGAUAUUUCUGUACGCAUAUCUUUAUCUUUAAUUUCAAUUGAAAUGCAUUUAACGUAUGAACGUACACUUAUACAUACAAAUGGGGUUGUUUUGUACGCACAAAUGGUAAGCCAUGAGGGUUUAAUGAUACAAGCUCAAAAAGAAAUGAAGAAACAAAAAAAAACGUGAAAACAGGAACAAUGUUACUUAUUAACGUAACUGCAUUGAAUCUGCCAAUGUUUUUUACACGUUAAGCGAUUGAAUAACGCAAAACUAGGAUUAGGUCACAAGGAAAAGAGUCAGACAGUGUUUUAUUCGCAUUUUAUAUAAUUUUGUUCAUUUUUUUAAAUAUAUAUAAAAUAAUAUGUAGAAUAAGAGUGAAAAACAUAUUUACCGUAUUCGCAAUUGAUUAAAGAGGAGAAUUACAUCGUAUCCAAAUUUCUUGGUUUCUACAAGUUUUGUACUGUCAACGUACUAAAGCAAAGUAAUGUUAAUAUGUUACUCUUUCACUCUAUUUCUAUGUUAACGUUUUAUUUGCAUUCCACAAUUACAUUAAGGUAUUAGAAUUUUAACAAAUUGUACUACUUUACAUAAAAGAACAAUGAUAAUUAUACAAACAUAAGUUCGUCAGAUUCUUUUUCUCGGCAUCCGUACCAUUAAUGUUAAGUAUCGUAUUCGAUGAAACAUAAUGUGCAAAAUAAUUAACUGAUAUUUAAAAGCCAUAAACAGGCUUUGGAACGAGAUUAAUGUAUUUUUAUUUUAAUGUGUUUUCUAGUAUUAAACAGUGCUCUAUGGCAUCAUGUAUUUA